AUGCCGUCCGAGCUCAUCCAAAAGUACAGACAGACCAUAUCGAUAUGCUACGACAAGCUGUACAACAGCGUAAUCGGAUCUGCUCAGGCCUGCUCUCGUAUCUCUGACGAACUACUGGAGACUGGCAUGCAGAGACAAACUGCUUGUAUGCAGCCGGCACUUGGUCUGCUUCAAUCCGAGUUUUCGGCCAUGCAUUACGCUCUGAGGGAUUUGCAAUUCGUCGUUGGAUCUCAAGUGUGGCACGAUAAUGCGACAACAACAGUCAAAUGCAUCUGGCAUGUCGUCACUCCCGACCAUCUCGCGGACAAGCUACACGCUUUGGUGAUUACCCUCCAGGAACAGCAAAUGACUCUCGAACUCUUGAUCGUCGUCAUGGCGUUCUUUGAUCCCAGCAUCAAUGCACCACCAGCGGUUCGCCAGUAUAAAACCCAGCACCAUGAGCCCGAAAGAUUCGACAAUCUUCUCAAUGGUAUCCUCGACGGCGUUGCGGCCAGACGUGCCAUGAGACAGGACAUCCUCAAGCUUCACUCCUCAAAUGACGAACAUGAAGACAAAGUCUCAGCCAGAUCGUCCGAAGAGCUUCCCGAUGCCGGUACUUGGUCCUCAAGUCGAUCCACGGUCACGCUGAGUGCCAUGACCCCAACAGGAGACUGGAGUAACGUCAGUUACAGCUCAGCCACCAGUGAAGACAGAGAUCUGGAAGAUGUUCUAGAGACCACCAACAUGGAGCUCCGUGAGGAAAAUGUCGCGAAGUUGGUCUUCCACUGGACCAAUGUCGAAGAGUUUGGAAGGUUCUGUAGGCGCGACCUGAACAAGGAGAAUUGUUCCUGA